AUGACGUCGUCUAGCGAUUUACCGUCUCUCAACCAGUUCUAUAUUCGCCGAUGGUUCGGAGGGCAGUUCACCAAACCGGUACCGCCAGCCAAAGACUUGGAUCUCUCGGGCCAGACUGGAAUUCUGGUCGGCGGCACAGAUGGCAUCGGCCUGGCCUGUGCCCGGGUCCUUGCCGAGUACAAGCUAUCGACGCUGAUUCUGGCGUCACGCAAUAUGGAAAAGGGGAGGAGAGUGGCUGCAGCGAUCAAAGAACAGUUUCCAUCCACGGAUAUCCAGGUCUGGGAACUGGAGAUGUUCUCGUAUGACUCGGUCCAGAAGUUCGCGAAACGCUGUGCGGAUUUGAAGAGGAUCGACUUUGCUAUCCUCGGCGCUGGUAUUCUGCCUGCAGAAUUCAAGCUCAAUCCGUCAACGGGCCACGAGCUCACAAUACAGGUUCAUUACUUGUCCACAGCCCUGCUCACGCUACUUCUCCUUCCUCUAUUGAAGGACAAGCACCCCCAAGGCAAGCCUGCUCAUUUGACCAUCGUAAGCAGCGAUCUGGCUCAUGUAGCCGAGUUCAAGGAGAAGACUUCGGACCCGCUUCUGCCGGCCUUUGACAAGCCCAUACCCUGGGGGAUGAGCGCGGCAACUGAGCGUUACAACUGCUGCAAGGUUCUCCUCAUGAUGCUGGUUCUGAAGUUGAAGAACAUCGUGGACCCCGCUGACGUGAUCGUCAACUCUGUAUGCCCCGGAAUGUCAAAGCCCACGGCAAACGAGCGCGAGUAUCCCUGGAUCGUUAGGUCGCUCCUUCACACGUGGAGAAGGGUGAUGGGGCGGUCCUUGGAAGCUUGCGCGUGGAUUUAUACAAAUGCUGCUCUGGAGCAGGGCCCAGAGUCUCAUGGAAGUUUCCUGACUUCGUGGCAAAUCGCGCCUUUCCCCAAGCUCAUGUACACCGAGGAAGGGAGGGCGAUAAUGGAGAGGCUGUGGGCAGAGACUCUGAAUGAAUGCGAGUUCGCAGGAGUGAAAGACAUCGUGAAGACGAUGUCUACCAGGAAUUGA